UCGACCUCUGCGCACGAGAGGCUCAGGCGCAUUUCAGACGAAAACGAGCCGGUUUUACUUUUGAUAUUUUACCUGCAAACACGGAGAGAACCCGUGCAGGUGGUACGUUGGUGUCGGAGACCCCGUAGUGUUCGGUAGUGUUCGGAAGUGUUCGGCAGUGUUGAGCUGUUACAGGCCGGAGAGCAGCAGCGAAAACACCGCAGGAGCACCGCCGCUUCGCCCUUCUCGGACCUCCCAGUGGAUUUAAUCGCUAUUAUCAUCAUUUAUAAGGACUUUUAUCGCUUGUCGUCGUUUCUCAGACUCCUUCCGGCUGGAUUUAACUCAAACUCAUCCUCGCUGACGUCCAGCUGCUUUCAUUCAACCACCUCAACUUCCACAUUUCCGCAUUUUGACGUCUGAUGCUCCGUUUGCCCGGCAGCUGCUCGUGCUCAGUGUCUCCAUGGUGAAGUGGGCGGGGUCUGAUGUCAGCCCCUCCUCUUGUCGACCCUCCCGCCAUGCCCACCAUGGUCUCUAGGCUCCCCAAGUUCGGCUCGAGGACCAAAUCAGCUGCACUUUCCCAUGGCGCUCAGACGAGUCUCGCUGCCGGUGGCGGCGCCUUCGCCAACACCCGCCUCACCAACGGUUUCUACCACCACCCCGGCCCGGCAGGCGUCAACGGCGGUUUGGCGGCGCCCCCCGCUUCUGAUAAACAGAACGGAUUCAUCAGAGUGCCGACCUCGUUUUCCAUGAAAUGGAGGAAAGAGAACGAGUCGCUGGAGGACGGAGGAAAAGGUGGUCAGAAUCACCACGGUAACAACGUCCAUCAGACUAACUCCCAGCGCCAACUGGGAUCACUGGUGGUGUCGCAACGUGACACCAAGAAGACAACCACGUCCUCAGGAAAGGGGCGUGGUUUUCCCGCCACAUCGUUAUCGUCGCCGUCUCCACAGGCGAGCCCCAGGACACUUCCUGUCUCUCAGAGCGGAUCCAAACCGAGCCAUACUGGAUUUGGCUUCGGCGUCAAGCAGAACGGUUUCUCUGGGUCCAAACCACGGAGCAGUUCUCUGAGGCUGCCUCAGAGCUACACCCGUUCUGGUGGCUCCAGACCCGGUUCAGGUCCCGGUUCUCGCUCUGGUUCACCCCUCCAAAAGAAGCCGCCGGCGAGCCGCUCGCACUCCAGCGACAGCCUCGGCUCCGCCCCGUCCAGCCAGCUGAGCGAGAGCGAUCGUUACCGCUCACGCAGCCUCACGCAGGUCCGACGCCAGCCCUCCCCCACCCUCACCUCCUCCUCCCACCCCCGCACCGUCACCCGCUCCUACUCCAACAACAGAGCCGCCGGGCGAGGAGCGUCCUCCGCUCAGGCUCCGCCCAGAAAAACUCCCGCCUCCAGCCCGACUCUGGAGGGCGGAGCCAGAGGAGGAGGGGUCAAAGGUCAGAGUUCAGCUGUUCCAGGGAGGUCAGGAGUUCCUUCCCUCCUCCCGCCCUCCGCCUUAAAGAAGCCCCUCCUACCCAGCCUUGGCUCCGCCUCCAAGCCCAGCGGCAUCAGCUACAAGCUGUCGCGCCCGUCACUCAUCAAACAGGCCCGCCCCCUCAGGGUGACCCCAGCCAAUGAGCUCGCAGGAGAACAGGAAGUGAACCGAGGUCUGACGGCGCGGAGGAACUCAGUGGAGACGCCGUCGACCACAGAAAACAGCCCCGAAAGUUCUCCGGAGGCUCCAGAGACGGAGGAGCUGUCGGUGGAGCCCGCCUCCCAGGGAGAGGUGUCGAUUGUCGGGGAGACGCUGGAGGACAUGUCCCUGUCCUCUACCUCGUCUCUGGAUAGAAAUGACACCAGUCAGGAGUACAUGGACGACUUUGACAACCUCGGAAACGGAGGAGUGGGCAUCCUGCUUCUCUCCUCCAAAAACGACGAAGAAGACUCGGGGCUCGACCAAUCCUGCGCCAGGUUUGAUGAGGUCAAAGUGGCCGUUAACGGCGUCACCAAGGCGGCGGGACUCUGUUUCCUGGACGACGGUAUGGACUGGACCGGCAUGGGGCUCAGCGGUGAGCAAGCGGAGCAUCAUCUGACCCAACUCCCCCAUCGGAGGAGGUCCAGUCAGCAGGAGUUCCACGAGCAGGGCGGUUCGUCCCUGGACCUGUCCCCCUCGGACAGCUGUGGGUCUGGAGGAACCUACAUGUGGGACGAGGAGGGCCUGGAGCCACUGGGGGGCGCCGCCACGACCGCCCCCAUCAACACCGCCAACGGCAACACCGCCCAUCACAUCGGGAGCUUCGACUCCGACCUCAACAGCAUCGACGUCUUGAACAACCUGGACUCGUGUGAUCUGGACGAUGAUGACCUCAUGUUGGACGCAGACCUCCCGGAGGACGGCUCGCUGAACAGCGAUGGAGACGGGAUGGCCCACAUGGCUCAGUGGAGGAUGAGACAGCUCUGCUGGGGGACGCAGGACGUCCACAAUGACAGUGAAAGUGAUUUCCAGUGCUUCAAACUAACUGAGGAUCCUGGGAAUAAGAGGACGGACACAAGCGGGGACAGCGACCUCAUUCUGGACCUCUGUCCUCCAAGGUCUCCCUGUCUGUCCCCCGGUGCUCCUGGUCUGGGUGUGGAUGUGGAGGAGCUGGCUGAGGAUUGUUCAGCAGUCAGAUCGCAGCUGGAGUUUCUGCAGAGGUUACUGCUGCAGGAGGAGGACGUGGACGAGGACACUCUGACCACAGACACUCUCCUGAGUCCUGAGACCAACGAUGACUCCUCCCACAGCUCUGACACUCAGGUGCAGGCGCUCCUGCAGGAGGUGCAGCAGCUCAGAGACGAGCUGAGGAGCCGCGACCGAACCAUCGCUCAGCUCACCCUGCAGCUGACUGUUCCCACGGCAACCACCAGGUGUCGCUGCCAGGAGACACCGGGAAGGAUGGAUCGACACACACAGACGAGUGUGACGGAGAGAGAGAGCGUGGCCUCGCAGACGCCGUGGAGAGAGCACACUUCACAGGUACUUCACCCCUCCAGCCAGGAAGACCAGGAACCACUGACGCACCGGCGCCCCGCUCCACCGCCAACCCGAGCUCCGCCUCCUGCUAACCCCGGCUCCGCCCAAUCCCAAAACCCCGCUGACAGCGUCCCGGAAACCAACGGCACGCACCACACGACGGAGGGAGGAAAGGAAGUAAAGAAAGAGGAGGAGACGAAGGAGACGAAGGAGACGAAGGAGACGAAGGAGACGAAGGACAGGAGACGAACCUUCGGCAGGUCCCUGCUGCCCCCCCAGCCCUCAAAACUGCACCUCUUCACGAGUUUGACCGCCGCCGCCUCAGCUGCAUCCACGACGACGAAGACUACGAAGGUGCCUCACGACCCCGAGAGCACCCCGGGGUUAAAGGUCAAAGCGCCGUCCGGCUCGUCCCGCCUCCCGAAGCCAAAGAGCCACUGAGCUGUCGGUCCCGUAGUCCGCCGCCCUAACACGCAGCGACGCCAUUACCCCGAAAUCCUCAUUCUGACCUUAAAUUAUUACACUUAACUUAUUUCUUGUGAAUAUUUUGAGCACUGUGACUGAUAAUAAAGGUUUAAACUCUUUAUUUUUCCCCCCAAAAAAUAUUUAACUGAAAAUCAUACCAGCUUUUAUUAUCGAAACGAGCCGCGAGGGAAACGGAGAGCGUUCUGCAGCGCUCUGGAGGAAUCAUGGGAAAAAAUGAUCAGUUUUUGGCUGUUAAACACAACGUUGUGUUACCUUUGAGAGCUAAAAAAGUUGUUUUACAGGAUGAAAAACUGUUUCACUCGUUAAAAACGUUGCUGCAGACGUUAUUAACUCAUUAAACUCAAAAGUGUCUUUUUAAUCAUCGUCUUCAAAUUUAAAGCUGAAGGAAACCCUUUAAAACCCGGAUCAACAUCUCUUCUCUUGUUUAAUCAGACACCAUCAAAAGUAUUUAAAUAUGAGAAAAUUCACUAACUUUCUUUUGAAAACAGGAAAA